AUGUCAAUUCAAGGAUACGAAGAGCAAUCAGGACAAGUUAUAAGUUAUGUUGCUGGUCUUCCCUUAACAAUCAAAGUUUUGGGAUCCUUUCUUUGUGGUAAAAGUGAGCUUGAAUGGAUAGAUGUCAUGGAAAGACUAAAAGCAAUUUCAUUAAUGGAAACUCUGGAAAAAUUAGAACUAAGUUAUAUCAAUUUAGAGGAGGAUUACAAAGAAAUAUUGCAUGCAUAUUGGAAGCCUAGUGAACAUAGCAGACUGUGGAUUGACAUGGAAAUUGAAGAUAUAUUGGCUAAUGACUUGGGUACUGAAGCAACAAGAUAUAUACAAUUCAGCACACGGGAACUCAAUCCGGGAAUUAUCAUGAAAGGCCUUAGAAAGAUGAAGGAACUUAGAUAUCUUUGCAUGUCUCUCAAAGAUUCUUUCUGGAAUUGGAAAUGUGAUGAAUUAUCCCAUACUUUCCUAAUGCUUUAA